AUAACUUUAAACAGGGUUAUAUUGCAACAAAAUGUGUUUGAUUACAGUUGGUAUUUUAACAAUAAGUGAUUCUUGUUUUAAACAUAAAGCAAAAGAUGUAAGUGGUUCAAUAUUAAAAAACAUAGUUAAUAAUCAAGAAUCUAAAAAUGAUAAUGUACAAGAAUUUCAAAUACAAUGUAGUGAUAUUGUCCCAGAUAAUGAAUUUAUUAUAAUGGAAAUAUUAACUAGGUGGUCUGACACAGAAAAAAUUAAUGUUAUUUUAACGACUGGAGGAACUGGUUUUUCAAGUCAUGAUGUUACUCCGGAAGCUACAAAAAAAAUUAUUCAAAAAGAAGCUCCAGGAAUUGUAUAUGCUAUGAUUUCUGAAUGCUUAAAAAUUACUCCAAUGGCAAUUCUAUCUAGGGCUGUUUGUGGUAUUCGUAAUCAAACUUUAAUUAUAAAUUUACCUGGAUCACCAAAAGCAGUAAAAGAGUGCUUUAAUGCUAUAGCUAAUAUUAUACCUCAUGCUGUUGAUCUAAUUUUAGAUAAUAAAAAAAGUGUAGUAAUGACUCAUAGCAAUCAAGAUGAUACACAUAACAAUUAUUUAUGCAAAAAUUCAAAAAAUCCCUUGAAUUUAUAUAAAAUUGCGCAUCGAGAUCGAAAAUCACCUUUUCCACUAAUUUCUUUAGAAGAAUCCCAAGAUAUAUUAAGAAAUACUGUAGAGAAACAAAUACCUUCUGUAACUAUAGAUUUAGGGUCAUCUUUUGGAAGAGUACUGGCAGAAACAGUUUACUCUCCUAUUGAUGUACCAUCGUUUAAUGCAUCUAUUAAAGAUGGAUAUGCAGUAAUUGCUCAAGAUGGUAAAGGCAAACGUACAGUUAUAUGUGGUUUGGUAGCAGGUCAUAAUUUAAGAAGUGUGAAAAUCUUACCUGGUACUUGUGCUAGAAUUAAUACUGGUGCAGUUGUUCCAGAUGAUGCUACAGCAAUAGUGCAAGUUGAAGAUACAAAAUUAUUACAAGCAGCGGUUGAUGAUAUAGAAGAAAAAGAAAUAGAAAUUCUUAUUGAACCGACGGAUGGAUUAAAUAUUAGAUCAAUUGGAAGUGAUAUAAAACGAAACAGUGCUGUUUUAAUGGCAGGUACAAAAAUGGGUGCUGUAGAAAUCGGAAUAUUAGCUUCUUGCGGAUGUAAUAGAAUUUUUGUAACACCCAAUCCAGAAAUUGGAAUUCUAUCGACUGGAAGUGAAUUGCAAGACGUUGGUGAAAUAUUACGCCCUGGUUAUAUUUAUGAUAGUAAUAGAAUUACAUUAAGAAUGAUGUUACAAGCAAAAGGGUUUAAUCCAAUCGAUUUUGGCAUAGUAUCCGAUGAAGAAUCAUUAAUGGUGGACAGAAUUGGAAGAGUUUUGAAAAAAGUGGAUGUUCUUAUUACAACGGGAUCUGUCUCAAUGGGCGAUAAAGAUAUAUUAAAACGUGUAUUAAAAGAAGCUUUAAAUGCAACGAUUCAUUUUGGUCGUGUUAAUUUGAAACCUGGAAUGCCAACAACGUAUGCUACUUGUAAUUAUUUUGGAAAAAAGAAGUAUAUGUUGUGUCUACCUGGUAAUCCUGUUUCUGCGAUGGUAGCCGUAAAUUUAUUCGUCUUUCCAUUAUUGAAUUAUUUAACGAACAACAAUGAACGGCUUACUAUAGUAAAAGCUAUGUUAACAUCCAAAUACAUAUUGGACUCAAGACAGGAGUUUGCACGAGUUAUACUUAGAUGGACAGAUAAUCAAAUUUAUCCGCAGGCAUAUAGUACUGGUAGUCAAUGUAGUAGUAAGUUACUUAGCUGCAGAAAUGCAAAUGCUUUAUUGAUACUGCCACAAAAAUCUUCGUCAAUACAAGAACUCGACAAAGGAACAUUGGUGGACGCAAUGUUACUUGAAUUUAAUUACAAUGUAAACAAUAUUUAGAAUAAAAAAAAAUCACUGAAGUAAU